UCUCUUUUUCCUCCAAAUCGUCAAACAUGAAACACCCAAUCUUAUACAGGUUAUAGUCCAAUUCAUUCGAAUAGCGAACUUUACUCAAAUUCUGAAAUUGCUGAAUAAUUAAUAUAUCAAGGGGAGAAGCAAGCUUACUUAGGAAGUACGAAGAACAAUAACAAUGGCAGCUCCACACCAUCACCAACCACAAACCCUAGAAGAAGUGCGAACCCUUUGGAUUGGUGACCUUCAAAUUUGGGUCGACGAAUCAUAUAUUCACAGUUGUUUUGCUCAAACUGGCGAGGUUAUUUCUGUGAAGGUCAUACGUAACAAGAUUACUGGCCAUCCAGAGGGGUAUGGAUUUGUUGAGUUUGUUUCACAUGCUGCUGCUGAACGUGUUUUGCAAUCAUAUAAUGGAACUCCCAUGCCAGGAACUGAGCAGCCUUUCAGAUUGAAUUGGGCAUCUUUUGGGAUUGGAGAAAGGAGGCCUGAUGCAGGCCCGGAGCAUUCUAUCUUUGUGGGAGAUUUGGCACCUGAUGUUUCAGAUUAUUUGUUGCAAGAGACCUUUAGAGCUCACUAUCCCUCAGUGAGAGGAGCAAAGGUUGUAACUGAUCCAAGCACAGGUCGUUCAAAGGGUUAUGGUUUUGUUAAAUUUGCUGACGAGACGGAGAGAAACCGAGCCAUGACUGAAAUGAAUGGUCAAUAUUGUUUAUCAAGGCCAAUGCGUAUUAGUGCUGCAACUCCUAAAAAAUCACCUGGGAUCCAGCAACCUUAUGCUGUAGCUAAAGCCAUAUAUCCUACUCCAGCAUAUGUAGUGCCACCAAUUCAGCCAGUUCAACCAGUGCUAACAGAGAAUGAUCCAAAUAAUACAACAAUUUAUAUUGGUAAUUUGGACCCAAAUGUAACAGAAGAGCUGAGACAGCAUUGCUUGCCGUUUGGAGAGAUCGGUUAUGUCAAGAUCCCAGCCAGUAAGGGAUGUGGUUUUGUGCAGUUUGCAGCUAGAGCAUCUGCUGAAGAAGCUAUACAGAAGCUGCAAGGAGCUGUGAUCGGUCAGCAAGCAGUUCGUGUUUUAUGGGGCAAAAGCCCUACUGCUAAACAGGAUUCUGCUGCCUGGGGUCAGCAAGUGGAUCCAAAUCAGUGGGGUGCAUACUAUGGUUAUGGGCAAGGUUAUGAUGCCUAUGCAUAUGGUGCUGUUCAAGAUCCAUCCUUAUAUGCGUACAAUGCAUAUGCUGGUUAUGCUCAAUAUCCUCAACAUGCUGAAGGUGUUCAAGAUAUGACUGCUGCAGCCGGUGUUGCUCCAGGUAUGGAGCAGAGGGAGGACCUUUUUGAUCCCCUGGCAACACCGGAUGUUGAUAGACUUAAUGCGGCUUACCUUGCUGUCCAUGGAAGUGCAAUUCUGGGCCGUCCAAUGUGGUUAACAACCUCUUCACUUGCAAGACAAGCUUCAGCCAUUACUGGGUCGCUAUAAUUAUGUCAUUGUGGGCUGUUUUAUUCGUCAAUCUUAUCAAUUAACAAGCUGGAGGUUAUGCAAGCUCAAUCAUCAAUCAUCAGCAGCUAGCUAUUCAGGUGCUGCUACAUCGAUAUGUUGUGCCCUAGUGUUCCUAGUAUCUUUGCCAUCGGUUGCAACCAGUCUUGGUUAAAUCAAAAUUGCAAAUUUCUUUGGCAACUAGAUUGAGGUUUGAGGGUGUUACUCGUAAGCCGCGGGACACUCAGCUUGUCAAGUACAAGAUAAGCUGACAGAGUAGCUUCUUUUUUGGUUUUAGUUAUGUGAUCCAAAGACUAAAUAUAUAUCAUGAUGAGCUUAGUAUUAUUGGAACAUAGUCAGAAAUUGUGCAUAUCUCUCAAUUUUUGUAGCUCCGGUGUUUGGUACGUGAAGAAUAGAUUUAUUGUACGUUUUAAAAUGCAAAUUUAGUGAGUGAUAUUUAACUUA